CCCAAAUAUAUGCUGAUUGGUCCGUUGGUUUUAUAACAUCACAAGCGCCGCUGACAGACUACAGGACAUGGCAGCUGUACGCACCGGAGACUCAUUGACCACGUUUGUAGACCAGUUGGAUACAUCACUUCCUGGCAGCCUUGUGCUACGCGUGGCAGAAGCAUGCAUGGACAUCCAGGUGUUAAUUCAACGCGGUGCGCUGUCUGAGAACGUCCUGGGGAGUGCUCAUUCGGACAACGUCCAAGGCGAAGUGCAACAGAACUUGGACUUGCUUUCCAACGACGCCAUGCUGACACGGUGUCAAGACGACCCUACACUUGCAGGCAUGUGUUCGGAAGAAAGCGAGGACAUCUACGUCGCGUCCUCGUCCGGUCGCUACCUGUUGCUGUUCGAUCCCCUCGACGGCUCGUCCAACAUCGACGUCAACGUGUCCAUUGGCACCAUCUUUUCGAUCCUUCCUCGCGCUUCCAACGACGAUGAUGAUGAUCAUCCCUCCAAGUCCGUCGUCGAAGCCGCUGACUUCUGUCAACGCGGCGACCGCCAACUUGCCGCCGGCUACGUCAUCUACGGCCCGCAAACCACCCUUGUCCUCACCGUGGGGCACGGCGUCCACAUGUUUACAUUGGAUGUGUCCCGUCGGGUGUUUGUCUGCACCCAGCCCCGAGUGACGCUGUCCCCUUCCACGCAAGAGUUCGCCAUCAACAUGUCCAACACGCGGCACUGGGAGCCGGCGGUCGCCGCGUACGUCGCCGACUGCCUUGCCGGCACCCAAGGACCCCGUGGGAAGAACUUCAACAUGCGAUGGAUUGCGUCCAUGGUGGCAGAGGUGCACCGCAUUUUGUGUCGCGGUGGCGUCUUCUUGUACCCGUGGGACGUGCGCAUGAAGGGGAAGAUGGAAGGACGGCUGCGCCUGCUCUACGAAGCCAACCCCAUGAGUUUCCUGCUGGAGCAAGCGGGCGGCGCCGCCAGCACCGGCAUCAAGCGCAUGUUGGAUGUCGUGCCCACCGCCUUGCAUCAACGCGUGCCGGUGGUCUUGGGCUGCCGCGAUGAAGUCCAAGUCAUCGUGCAGUACCACCGUGACGUGUCCGAUGCGCAACCAUGAGGAGGGCCAGUGCAUGUAUCCCAAGGACUAGGCUGAUGAUACCAUAAUGCGAAACAUAGAAACACGAUGUAAUAUUGUCAAAUCGAA